AUGGGAUUGGGUAGGGUGUCAGCUCUUUUGGUGGGGAUAGACAGGGAUCUAAGAGUCUGAGCUAAGUCUGAGCCCCUGACAUCCGUGUCCGACCCCAGGGGAAUAGUGAAUGUGGCGUCCUCCACCAACCUGCUGACCGACUCAAAGAGCUUGCAACUGGUGCUGGAACCAAGUCUGCAGUUGCUUAGCCGCAAGCAGCGGCGGCUAAUUCGGCAAAACCCGGGGAUCUUGCACAGCGUGAGCGGAGGUCUGCAGAGCGCUGUGAGGGAGUGCAAGUGGCAGUUUCGGAAUCGACGCUGGAACUGCCCCACGGCUUCAGGGCCCCACGUUUUCGGCAAAAUAGUCAACCGAGGAUGUCGAGAAACUGCCUUUAUCUUCGCCAUCACGUCUGCUGGAGUGACACACUCGGUCGCUCGCUCCUGUUCCGAGGGUUCCAUAGAAUCUUGUACAUGUGACUACCGGCGGCGUGGCCCUGGAGGUCCGGACUGGCACUGGGGAGGUUGCAGUGACAACAUCGAUUUUGGCCGCCUUUUUGGUCGAGAAUUUGUGGAUUCUGGGGAGAAGGGGAGAGACCUGCGUUUCCUCAUGAACCUUCACAACAACGAGGCGGGGCGCACGACAGUGUUCUCGGAGAUGCGCCAAGAGUGCAAGUGCCACGGGAUGUCGGGCUCGUGCACUGUUCGCACGUGCUGGAUGAGAUUGCCCACGCUCCGCGCGGUGGGCGAUGUGCUGCGGGACCGCUUUGACGGAGCCUCGCGCGUGCUCUAUGGCAACCGAGGUAAUAAUCGCGCAUCCCGCGCGGAGCUACUGCGCCUCGAGCCGGAAGAUCCCGCCCACAAGCCACCCUCGCCGCACGACCUCGUGUAUUUCGAGAAAUCGCCCAAUUUCUGCACCUACAGCGGUCGCAUGGGCACAGCGGGCACCACGGGCCGGGCCUGCAACAGCUCUUCCCCGGCCCUGGACGGUUGCGAGCUCCUGUGCUGCGGCCGAGGUCACCGCACGCGCACGCAACGCGUAACUGAGCGCUGUAACUGCACCUUCCAUUGGUGUUGCCACGUCAGCUGCCGCAACUGCACCCACACGCGAGUGCUGCACGAAUGUCUGUGA